UGACCUACGAGGUUCGAAGAGCUCGAGGGGUAGAAUUGUCAGCGGGAGCUAGAGGAUGUAAUAAAAAAAGAAAUUAACCUUGCAAGAAUUACCGACGAGGCUAAAGUGUUGCAUUACAAAUUCAUGUACAAGAAAUCAAUCAAAUUAAGAAAUCAAAAUGGAAGCUACAUGAAAAAUUACAUAACGCAAGAGGAAAACAAGCAAAAAGGAAGUAAAUCUUUUUAAAUUUAUUUAUUGAUAAUUCUAUUCAUUUUUACCACUCUAGUUGCUCUACUGUUAAGUUUUUAUCUAGAAUAUAUUCUCGUGUAUGAAAUUUACAACGACAAUUUACAAUUUACAAUUUACAACAAUACUAUGAAACGAAGCAAAGAUCGUCCACUGUAUCAAUCCCCUAAGAUUACAUUAAAUCAAUUGGAUAUGUCGACGAUAAAAAAUUUCAGAAAAGAAAUGUUUUAAAAGUUCAUCCUACAGUAUAGCAUACUUUAUUUGCUUACUUUGUUGCUUCUCUCGCACCUUCGUAGGAUGUUUUUCGGCGAAUCCUUGUUCAAUAAAUUUCACUCAUCUCCUCUUUGCAGAACAAAUCACUCAGACAGCCUUCAGCGUUAAGCUGCUUUUCGAGCAACCAGCUAAAUUGCUUGCCCCUAAAUAGGCCGAAGCAUUAAAAGUUUCGGGGAGCUCCGCGCGACAUUCUCUUCCCCGUGAAGCUCAACGAUCUGUGUCAAGGUUGGAGAAUCUUAUGGUCUCUAGGCUGAGAAGAUAACCCUCGACGCAAGUUCAGACGAAACAAAGAGCAAGAUCGCUCGUUGCAUCAAGGCAAUCCCAGCUUUAAGAGGAAACAUCGCGAAAAUGUCAGAUGUCCCGAGCUUAUUCCCAAUUUUUCUAUUUAUUUUGACAUUGCGUAGUAUCAGCAUUUCCUCUGGUAUAACGGUACUAUUAUUGAAGUAGAUUUAUUUAAUGAUCAACGGCAAUGUUCGGUGAAAUAUAAUUUUUCUGGUAGAUAAGAUCCUUCGUGCAGAAAAUCCUUAUUUAAAGAAUUUAAAAAUGAAACUAUUAGAACAUAGAGUUACAAAAUAAUCGUAAGAAAUUUAAAGAAGACAAAGGUAUACAUUCUUCCUUUGUAAGGAACAAAUCAUAUAACGUGAUAACGAGCUGAUUGAAAUUUGUUUGGUCCUGGAUUUUACACUUUUUAGCCAAUGGCAUUACAUCUUUUGCAUACGUGUCUCUAAAUAGAUUUUCACGGCCACUUUUAAUUUUGCUAUAUGCAACCUUGCAGUUUUUUGUAUGUCAGCUACCGGGUGCGAGAGGUGUUUAUGAUACAACAGUUACGAAACAUGAUACAAUGUAUGUGGUUUUUUUUUAUAUUCAAUAGGGUGAUAAAAACAUUCAAACACAAACGCAGGCAUAAAGUGAUGCUGUACGAGCUGAAUUAAUUUUUGAAAGCGACUUAAUUUUUCUGAAAAUGAAAGUAGAUUAAAAAAGAAGCUGUAUCAGAAUAUUUCAACGAAGCUUUUAAUUGGAACAAUUACCAACAAAUUUACGUAUUUAUUUUUUUCAACAUUUACAGGUACAUAGCAGUUUAAAAUAAAUUCCAGUAGAGACCUUGCAUGUUAUUCAGCUUGUACAAAAUCACUCUUCGCUUCGACAUUUUUAUCUUCGUAUCAUUGUAUUAGAUAAAAAAUAUUUUUUAUCAAGCAGGUUGAAUUUGUUACAAGGUCUAUUGUCUGAUAGACAAAAUGAACCGUAAAGUUAUACAUAUAUGCACAACAAGAAUUGAAGGUAAUCUUUAAAAUUGAUUUAAAAUAUUAAGCAUAAGCUUCUUCAUCUCGUAAAUAAUAAUAUUUACUGCGAAUUAAUUAAGCUUCUAUCUUUUCUAGGACGAGCUAAUUAAAACGAGCUGAAAUCGCUGUACAUCGAGAAAUAAUUUCAUAAUUUGGUAUUCUAUCUGGUUUUCUUUCCGAGCAACAACGCGCAAGGAGUUCCUCCUUCUCUCUCUUUUCUCUCAUUCUUCUUCUAAGGGAGAAUCCAACCGAAGAGCAUCGUAAAUCAAAUCGUAAGGAUUCGCAGCCCUUCAAAGGGUCCUCGAGCUUUCUCCGAGACAGCGCUGUCAUCGUGGCACAAAAGCAUUUUCUCGGUGGCGAGCUAAAAAUCCAUUUAGCUUCAUUGCAGUUUUGAGAAUGGAAUCAGGGAAAGAGAGAAAGAUAGAAAAUGGCGAAAGACUGAAUUCCCGAUAAACGCGGACAGAAUGAAAGAACGGAGAAAGAACGAAUUUUCGCAGGACGAACAGUGCGAUGUCGUUUUUCAGCAAUAUUUGUACUAUUGAUCGGAUUCUGAUUUCCAAUCUGUCCAAUGUCGAUUUUCGCAGGAAAUCGAAUUCGAUGUUGUAGCAGCGUGUCUGUUGCUUUUUUAUUUACCAAUGCAUUAGGGAUGAGUAAUUUAAUAAAAGUAUGAAAGUAGAAAAUUGCGCGUCUUUGUAAUUAAGGAAAUAAUAAGAAACCGGAGAAUUUGCUUUCAGAUAUCAAUGAAUGGAAUAUUAAUAAUACAUAAGAAAUUCUUCUUUCUUUAGAGUCAUUAAUAAUUGGUCUACCUUCUGCCUUAUUUGCCUCUUUUCUUUCAUUUCUUUCGCUUCUUGUUAUUUUAAUAUGAUAAUUCUGUUAGCACGGAAUUAUUACAGUAACUGGAAAGAAACAAGAAGCAGCAGUUGACUUAAUGUACCUAUUCAAAUGUUUCAGUAGCCUCUUAUGACUGCUGGGAAUCCUUGGAAAAGUUCUCCCUAGGGCAUCGAGGAAAAGCAUGCUUUAUUUCUUUCGAGGUGAAGUUGAUCACACGUUCGUUUUAAUCUAAGGUACGUUAUCUUCCACAAGUAUUUGGGCACUGAUGAUAAUUAGAUUAUUGAUUCAUUGAUGAUUAACUUUAUCAAAGUGUGCAAAUUAAGGGCUGGAAGGUAGUACUAUUCUGUUAGGAAAUUGACAAAAUAUAAACUUAAAUUACGUUUAAUUUACAUGUAUCGAGACACUUAACAGGAAAGCUUUGUAUGUAUAUUAUAUUGCUUAACUUAUUAUAUUGAUGUUACUAAUCUUUCUAUUAACUUAGAAGAAUUUUCUUCAACCGAUACAUAGCGUAAAAAUUAAACAUCCUGAAGAUAAAUUUUAAAUUUUAAACAGUAAAACAUCUUCACAUUGUUUGACAAUAACAAUUGUCAAUUUUAUUACUGCGCACGAAAUUUUAUUAUUGUUGCAAUAUCUUAUUACAUGCAAAAUUAUUACAGGUUUCCUACCUGUAAUUUGGUUAUCAAAUUUUCAUCGUAAAAUCUAACUUUUUUAGAACUGUAACCAAAUUGUAAUUAAAUUUCUAUCGCACGGCCUAAUAUUAUUAGUAGAUAAAGCCCACGGUUUAAAAAAAUACCUCUUCGAUACUAUAUUUGAUACUUCUUCAAUAGUACCAUUUAUAAAACCAUCGCCACUCCUUUCCCCUAAUCCCACUCAAUAUUCCAAUAAAUUCAAGUCACUUUAAACUUUUCACUCACCACGUUACACUAUCGUACGCUUCGAGUUCAGUAGCUCCUUCUUUUCUGUCUAGUAUCUUCGUCUAUGAUUAAACACGUCAUGUCAGGUUCUUGUCAACGUGAACCAGAUGUGACAAUUAUUCGAUUUUACAUGACGUCGUCGUAAAUCCUCGCGAGCCGGAUUCCACGAUUUGAACAAGCCUAGCGCACGUUUUCGAUGGCGCACGAUUUCGUAUUAUUUCAGGAUAUUCGGAUACGCGUACAGGCAAACGGUUCAAUCAACGUAAACGGGACGAGAGGUGGAAUGUUUUAAUCGAACGCACAUGGAACGACUGUGCUACUAGUGAACGCAGCCGAGCUUCUGAUGCAAUUAAACGCGAAUUAUUAUUGCUCCAAUUUCAAUUAAUCCUGGCAAAGGACCUCUCAUGCGCCCCCGCAGGUCAUCGAGCUCUCGCUUCAGGUCGACGAUAUCGGCGCGUCCUGUAGCCGAGAAUACGGGUCACGCUAUUCGGGUCAACGGGAAACGUCCUUCGUUCCUCGAUUCCCUUUAUACACUUCCAUGGUGUUCAUGGUUAUUUCUGUACGCGAGGCUGCAACUGCACACGCUCAACGGCUCUCCAACGUCGAGCAACGUCUAAUUCGUCGGACGAUCUUCCUCCCCCGCACCCGCUUGUUCCGUAUUUAUUUUUAAAGGCAUCCACGGACGUCAUACGGGGACGUCUUGAUUUGAUGAUCGUCUCGCGUAAUGAAAAGAGCCGUUCGAGUGACUCGUCCUUGCUGUUUCUUCUGCUUCUGGCCGCUACACUCUGUGUUAUCUAGAAACUCUCUUCCUCCACGUCGAUAAUUGGCAAGGACUUCAGAAUUCGUUAUAGUGAAUGAGAAAUGAGGAUUUCACGCGAUUAUUGCGAUUGCCGGCAGUACAUAUCGAGUGGGGCAAGCUGUAAUCAUUUGAUAGAGUAGAUGAUUGUAGAAUAUAGUAGAGACAUUGAUAAGUAUUCCAGAAUCUUUUUCGGUACUUGAAGACUCUCCAGUAGUAAUAAUAUUAGGCUUGGACAUGAGCAAUCUAGUUCUUCUACCAACAAUGAAUGUAAAAAAUCAUAUUUAUUCAGAAAGAAUUAAAAAAUAACAUUUAGAUUGAUUAUAAAAAUAUAUUAUACAUUAAUCUCAUAGCUAGAUAGUUGUUAGUUAAUCUAAUUUAUAAAUAAAGGGGAGUAAUUGAUCCGUCCUACGUUUUCAAUUACGAAAUCAUUCCUUCUUCUUCUUACAAUAUUUCAUCCGAGCCGGGCCUUUUCAAAGUUCUUAAAAUUGCUUUUUAAAUCAAGAAUAUAUACAGCGAGGCCGCUGAAAAUUCCUGGAUUCUCCCAAGCAAUUACCAGCGCAGGUGGGAUAAAAUUGCACGAAGCUGUGUCAUCACUUAAAGAUCGUAUAUUACGUGUUUAUUUUAUCCGAUGGGAUAAAGACCGCAACGAAGGGAUAGCCAACAAUUUAUGGUUUGUAUAAAAUCAACCGGGCAAACGAUGAAAGCAUAAACGGUUGUUGAUGCAAACGACGAUAUGACACAUGGACCUGUGCAGUUUCGAAAUUUAUGGUGGUAACGCUGUGGGAAACGAGCUGAACGAAUGCCAAGAUCUACAUGUCGAAAUAACGACGCGGUCGUUCCAGUAUCAGGGGGAAUAAGAAAAGGAACGAAGAAAAAAGAAAAAGGAGAAGAAGGAAAGAGAGAAUCUACGCGAGAGAAACGAAGAUCGUUACGGUCCAUUAACGCCUGCAAGAAGUUCAAUGAUCCAUCGCAAAUGGGACUCUGGUUGGCAUUUUCAGCGUAAAUAUCACGUCAGAGGGAAUCCGGCCUGUGAUAAAUUAUUCGGAAUAGGAGACAAGAGGUUCGUCGAAACAUGAUCAAGAAGUACAACAUCACGCAGGAAGAUUACAUAAUGUUGGAGAUUGUUAUAAUAGAAAAUAAGCCACACAAAGCAGGCCCUCAAUGGAAAUUCGCUGGUGCCUUUUAUUUCGCGACUGUUGUGCUUGCUAUGAUAGGGUACGGACACUCAACGCCAGUCACCAUAGGAGGAAAAGCAUUCUGCAUGGCAUACGCCAUGGUGGGCAUUCCUCUCGGUCUGGUAAUGUUCCAGAGUAUCGGUGAACGUCUGAACAAGUUCGCCUCUGUGGUCAUCAAACGAGCAAAGACGUAUUUAAGAUGCCAGAAAACAGAAGCAACCGAGAUGAAUCUAAUGCUCGCGACUGGUUUACUUUCGAGCAUAAUUAUCACCACUGGAGCUGCUGUGUUCUCGCGUUACGAGGGAUGGAGCUACUUCGACAGCUUCUACUACUGUUUUGUCACGCUGACUACCAUCGGUUUUGGUGAUUACGUCGCCUUACAGAAUGAUCACGCACUUUCCAAUAAACCUGGAUACGUGGCCUUAAGCUUAGUCUUUAUACUAUUUGGCCUGGCCGUCGUCGCUGCCAGCAUAAACUUACUCGUCCUCCGCUUUAUGACGAUGAACACGGGUGACGCCCGUCGCGACGAAGAGCUUCAACCAGCUUCUCAUCACGUGUUAACACUGGACGGUGAGGUGGUCGCUGUAAAUGGAAAACUAUUAGCUGGCCACGUGCCCAUAGUUCACGAUACGGAUGACUGCGUGAGCGUGUGCUCGUGCACGUGUCUAGGACCACCGAAUUCCGAGCUUCUGGACCAAGGUUACCAAGGAUACAGGCCUCCUUCAAUCUCGAGCCUUCGAGUGAAACGUGCAUCCGUCUGAUGGAAGGAGUUCCGUCGUCGCAGUUUACGUCGUCGAUUAUCGAGAGCCGACAGCAGAGAACUACUUGGUAUCGACGUGUAAAAGAUCGACUCGAAAAUUGAUAUAACCAAAAAUGGAUUUAAAGAUCCGCGAAGGAAACAAUGACAUUGAAAAUAAUUUCAUUGGUACAGUUCACAAUGGAGUUUUUCAAGUUGAUUCAAAUUGGACCGAUGUCCGAAAUUGUGUUCUUAUAAGAUCUACCUUAUAACGUUCGAGGACUCGUUAGCGCACAUUCAUCGAUUUUUGAAGACGUAUUUUGAAGACAGCCAGUGGAGUUUGUUCUGAGGAGGUGACUUUAGAAUCGAACUAUUGAAUUGUACUUGGCUCAUGUUGUAAUAUUACGAAUAGUCGUAAGAAGAAGGACGUUCAGAGAGUGUUUGAUCGUUUGUAGACGAUUUUCUAACGAUUUCGUACGUUUCAUAUCGUACCACGGACCAUUUUCUCCCGGUGAAUUCCGAGAGAGUUUCAAAUUCUCUAGAAAAUUUAAGAAUUCGAAUUCGUAUUCGGUGUUUAUGCUGUGUCAUAUGUAUUGGACGAUUAUUGAAAUUAUUGAAGAUUGUAGAUUAGUCAUGAAGGUUGCGUCGGUAUUAGAAAUUGUUGCUUAGAGGAUUGCUUUGUUCCGAAGAUAAGUUGGGUUUCUUCGAAUAAACUUUCGAAUUAAAAUUUUUUUAUGAUCUUCACUAUCUACGUUGUAUGUCAAUAAAAUCUUUCACAUUUUACAAAAAUCUGUUCUCAAAGUGUAUGUAUAUGAUUUACACAAAUUAUGACAAAAGCAUUUGCCUAGAUUUUGAUAUCCUUCAAAAAUAUUCUACGGACAAAACGAUCCUCGUAAAAGGGAAAAUAAUUCGUUUGAUGAAAGUUGAAGAAGCAGAGAUCGCCGUUUCGAUCUCGGUUAUUUGUAUGUAUACUGAAUAUAUCAAAUGUAAACAGAACAAUAUCCAGGCCUCGUUAGCGUGAUUGUUAAAUACAUAUAUACGACUCGAUGUUUGUACUAAUAAACGUAAAAGCUGGAAAAUGUGAAAAUUUCGCGAAAAGAAAAAGUCGAUCUUAGGAAGUAGCUUAAUUUUGUAGCUACGAAAAUUGUGAUUGUACAAUUUUCUAGAAUUGUAACUCGAACUUGAAUAACAAUUUUAUCGUACUUGCGAUGCGAAAGAAACAUACGUCGUAUACAUCUUAGCGUCGUAUUUUUUAAACCUAAGAUUAGAGAAUAUAUCAACCGACAAACAGGAAUAACCGGGAAGACUGAUAGUUGAAUUAACCGACUAGUUGUUAUCUUUUUAACAAAAAUUUCUCUAGGCGCCUGUUUUAACCCUCCAAAAGUUACAAAGUUAAGAAUUGUAAAGAAUUCGUGUAAUUUUAGUAUUUUUAUAAUUCAUUUAUUAUAGUAUCUACGUUUGUCUGUUUCAUUUUGUAAUUAUGUAGUAUUUGUGUAAGCGAUCGUGAAUUUUGUAAAAGUAUACGAUAAAUAGUCGCUUAUUUGUUGUUGAUUAAAAGCAUUCAUGUUUAGUAGCUUAAACGUGAAACGAAAUUUUCGAAGACUAAAAAAUGAUAUAUUGUGAAUAUUUCAAGUAACUGCAGAGUGGUUCCUAAGUAUCUUGUAUUUUAGAUGUUUAAGAUAAUACUAAAGAUACUGAGAUUUUAGAGGGAAUUUUUAAACAUUAAUUUCGACCAGUUUCUAUGGCCAACAGGAAAAAUGUAGAUUUCCGAAGAUUUGAAUAUUUCCAUAGUCUAGAUAGAUAUCUGUUUAGAUGGUUCAAGUAUCUAGAGAUGUAAAACAUAAGAUAAAUAAUUUUUCAUUUUAAAUAUUACAAAUAUUUAAUUGACGCAUGUUCUAACAUUUGACAAGCGAAGCCAGAUUAUUCAAUGCUAUUUCGUAAAUAUUUCAUUGCAGAAUACAGGGUUAUAAAUUUAUGAAAAUUUUCACAUCAUGCACAAAGGAUAGAAACAUGGAUAAAAGGACAACAGUUUACUUUUGAUAAUCAUAUAUAAUUAAUCUAUGUACGAUAAAUUUGAAAAUGGCAUAUUUUUUGCUUCGAGCCAAAAUAAGCCAGAAACCAAAUAAAACUUAUUUCGAUGAAGUUGAUUAUUCUGGCUUCGGAGUAACUCACGUACGUGUAAAAAUAUUUAGCAGAAAAAAUGAUGCUCAAAAAUGAAAGUGCAUUAAACAUAGCAAACAAACUGACUGGAGGGUUAAAACGAAUUCCAAAAUAUUUUAUGUUUUAUUUUUUCUUACAUUCGAACUUACAGUUGCCGGUACCGUACCAUAUCAAUGCUUCUUUUCUUCCCAACGACGCGUUCUGUUUUCGUCAAUUAUCGAUGAUUGAUCUGAGUGAUCGACACACGCACAAAAACAGUUACGUAUCGUUUAACAAAAAUAGCGAGAAAACCUCAUCGAUCCUCAUAGGAACAUCGCUGCACAGAGUAAACGAUAAUGUGCACUCAUUUGUAUACAUGUACCUUAGUUCAUAGGCGCUCGUCGUACUCUAACGGCGGUAUAUGAUUGGGUAUAUUUUUUAUCGUCGAGAGUUUUUUAAUAAACGACAGUUCAUUAUU